GAGCGUAAUCUGGCUUGGGGAGAUGUAGGCCUUGUUAAAUCUUCCCAAACUAUGGCAAUGACCCGCACAUUUAUCCUCUACUUUUGCUGCUCAGCCUGGAUGUUUUCCUCUGGCCUUGGGUCUCAAACCCUUGAAGAUGAAGCUGGAUCUUUAACGAGUGGGGAAACGUCCCUUGAGCCUAAGCCUCUGCCCAGGGAUCAGCCUCUAGAUGGAGAAAAUAGCCCCAGUCUCCUUCCACCCCUCCUCAAGGUCUUAGUCGACCGCCAUCUUCCUGGGGCACCGAGGUUACAUCCUGACUCAAGAGCCCUGCGUUACAUGAAGAGGCUUUAUAAAGCAUACACCACCAAGGAAGGAAUUCCUAAAUCUGACAGAAGUCACCUCUACAAUACUGUCCGUCUAUUUACUCCGAAUGCACAGCACCCACAGCCCUCUUGGAGCCAAGUCACAGGAGGUCUUCAAUCAAUGGAUCUGCUGUUUAACCUGGACCGUAUUACUGCCCCUGAACACUUACUCAAGUCUGUUUUACUAUAUUCUUUGAAAAACUCAGUUUCUUUUUCUUCAACCACUAAGUGUAUGUGCUACCUAAUUGUAAAAGAAUCUGAGUGUUCUAGCCCAUCUUAUUUCAGGUCUCCACAGCCCUUCACUAUUAGUUUACAAUUUGAAUUUAGAAAAAAUCACAAGUGGAUUGAAAUAGAUGUGACUACUUUGCUUCAGCCAUUAGUUGCCUCCAAAAAGAGAAAUAUCCACAUAGCUGUGAAUUUUACUUGUCUCGAAGAUCAACAGAAUCCAGUGCAGGACGAGUUAUUGGACAUGGCCAUAUUAAUGGCCCCAUCACUAUUAGUAUAUCUGAACGACACAAGUGCUCAGGCUUACCACAGAUGGAAUUCCCUUAGAUACAAGAGAAGGCACCAAAUGUCACCUGACCAGAGAGAUCUGUUUCUCUAUCCUAUGGAAGAAGAACUGACUCAGAGCAGAAAAUUUUCCCGUCACCGAAGAGAUGAAAGAACUGGAGACCCCAAAGCCAAGAGUCCCAAAAUGCCAGUUUCUAACAACCUGAGUGAAUAUUUCAAACAAUUUCUGUUUCCUGAGAAUGAGUGUGAACUGCAUGACUUUAAACUGAGCUUUAGCCAGCUAAAGUGGGACAACUGGAUUGUGGCACCACACAGAUACAAUCCUCGCUACUGCAAAGGUGUUUGUCCCAGGCUUGUUAGGCAUCGGUAUGGUUCUCCUGUCCAUACUAUGGUGCAAAACAUAAUCUAUGAGAAGCUGGACUCCUCCAUCCCAAGGCCUUCCUGUGUGCCUGCUAAAUACAGCCCCUUGAGUGUCUUGACUAUUGAACCUGAUGGCUCUAUUGCUUAUAAAGAAUAUGAAGACAUGAUAGCAACAAAAUGUACUUGUCGUUAGCAUGUUGUCUCGGGGGAAAAUAAAAGCCAAAAGCUUAGAACUUUAGGAUCACAUUCAUGCUGAGUCCAGCUGGGUCUUCAGGAAGGCUUCAUACGGUAAACUUUGGAUACGCUGAUGUCUAAUGCUAUAUGAAAUAUAUUGGUAGACUUAGCAUGUUCUGGUAAAUAUCAUUGUAAUAAGUAGGUUUUGGAGCACUAUUGAAUCUUUUUAAAAAAUUACAAAUGUAUUAUAUAUUUUGAAGUUCUUAAUAUGCCUCAAGGAAGUGAAUUUUUGUUUAAAUAAGUGACCUAUUUGCUUCUUUUGAAGUAAAAAAUCCAUUAGUGUAAAUGUUAGCUGGAAGUAAAGACAAAAAAAAAAAUUUACAAGACAAAAUGCUAUAGUCCUGAUGGAAAGAAUAAAUCCGUGUCGAUAGUA